AUGGAAGGUGGAAAAUCAGGUCCUGCUAAACUAUCCUGGCACCGUGCAACUUACUAUGAUAACAUGUGCCCUGCGGAGCGAUGGUAUUUUGUCACUUGCCCAUUGUGCCAGUGUAAUGGUCACAGUACAUGUAAUGAAUCUAAUAUUUGCACAGAAUGUCAGAAUAAUACAACAGGAGCCACUUGUGAUAGCUGCAAAGAAGGUUACUAUGGAGCUCCCCAAAAUGGUGGGAUUUGUAAAACUUGUGAUUGCAACAACCUGGCUAAGGUGUGUAAUGGAACCAAUGGAAAAUGCCACUGUGGAACACGAGGCGUCAUUGGGAACAGAUGUGAAUGGUGUGAUACCAGUGAUAAAUAUGUUGGAAAUCCAAAUGAUGGUGGGACAUGUUUUUAUAAAUUGUUGACAGAUUAUCAGUUCACGUUCAAUUUGUCUAAACCAGAUGACCAUUACUACACACAAAUCAAUUUCAUGAACCGGCCCUCAGCUGGUGAUCGUGAUGUUGAUUUUUCUGUGAACUGCUCGGGUUUUGCCAAUUUGAACAUUUCCUACAAUUCAACUUCAGAUCCAGAAGGCACUCUCGUGGAUUCCAAUGCACUAUGUCGUAAUUACAAAAUGAAAUUUACCCAUAAACAAUAUUCAUUUGGUAACUCUGAAAAUACUACCUUCUAUGUUUACGUGUAUGGCUUCUCCACUCCAUUCUCGCUUCAGGUAAGUUUGCAGUUGAAUGUGGAUUAA